UGACUCACAGAAUUUCUUGAAUCACUUUUUUUCUUUCUUUCUGGUUUAUCCUUCAUCUCAACGAAAUUUUUAUAUCUACAAAGUAUUUUCAUGUCAUCAACAGAAAGAUAAUAUUUCAAUAUGUUUUUCGUUACAAACUAAAAGUUUACGUAUUAUACGUCACGUUUAUAACAAGUGAUCCACCUAUUUGAUUGCGAAAAGUUUCCCAAUACAAUCCAAACAUUGAAGAUUAAGAUUAAAUUUAUAACUUGAGACUAAUCUUUCCUUUAAUCAUUUACAUUGCUCAUUAAAAGUACACUAUAAUCUCAUCAUCAUAUGAGUCUAAAGCUAAUUAAUUUACAAUCAAGUUAAAGUAUUGAUUGAAACACCAUCUCAACAUAAUCCUCGAGCAUCAGAGUACGAAUGGUUAAAAAUGUGACUGGAAUACCAAAUAUACUUACAGUUAAUUAUAAUUCUCAACUUCAAGCAACACUAAUAAUCAAAAUUACGUUUUAUCAUCAAAAGAAAAGUUUUAAAAUUAAAUUUACAUUUAAUAUUGAGUUUGGUUAUUAAUUUGUGGCCAUAAUUUUUAAAAAUGAAAGUGUUUAAGUAAAUGAAAAGUUUACUUUGUAUCAUAUCACAUUUAGAUUGAGUUAUCAGAGUAUAUUAAUAAAUCCAACAACAAUCGACUUCCAACCAACUUCGAUGUCUUCACCGGGCUUGAAACCACUCGAAAUGCUGGAAAGUUAUAUUGAGGAGGGUUUAACCUCUUCUCGAACUUGUGACCCACCAAUUGAUAUAAGUCAAUUUAACUUUACCUCGUAUGAUUAUGAACGACCCCAUGGAUACUUUAAGCAAUUCAAUUUUAAGGAUUAUUGUAAAAUAAUUUUCUCUCUGUUGGUUAUUAUUGUUUCGGUGAUCGGUAACAUUGGAGUUCUUUUUUCUUCAACUUUUAACAGGUCAAUUCGCCACACUAUUCACAUCUACCUUUCAAAUCUUGCGAUCGCCGAUCUGUUCAUCUCCAUAUUCUGUAUGAUUGUUUUUCUCAUUAACAAUUUAACUUAUCCGCUCUUCGUACUCGGCCCAAUUGUCUGUAAAUUAAAUGCUUUCACUCAAAUGACAAGUCUAACCAGUAGUGUCCUUACGUUAUCGGCAAUCUCUUGUGAUAGAUUUAUCGCCAUCAUGUAUCCACUUCGGGUUCGAGUGACUAAACAGAGGACCAAAGCAGUGAUUACAGUUAUUUGGAUAAUUUCGUUAGCAGUAUCGACACCAUUUGUAAUUGUGCGUAAGCAUCUAGAAUUCCAGUGGCGAAACUUUGUUGAGACGAAUUGUCAAGAGAUUUGGCCUCCUCAUACCCAUUAUGAUCCAAUUAAGGAAAGGUGUCUAACAACAUACCCAUGGAAAAAGUAUUAUUAUACUUUUGUUACGAUUGCAUUAUUUUUCUUACCAAUAGUUAUAAUGACUACAGCCUACGCCUUAAUAAUUUGGAAGCUUUGGAUAACCAAACUGCCGGGUGAAUCUAAUGCAGCGUCAAUUUGUGCCCAACAUAGAGCAAAGAAAAAGGUUAUCAAAAUGGCUUGUAUUGUGUUACUUGUUUUCGUGUGUUGUUGGGCACCACUGCAAAUAACGUUGAUCUACUCGGAAUUCAUUCACUCGCCUUCUGAACGAGGCCAAUUGCCUGGUUGGUUCAAACAAACUUCAUAUUUGGCGACCUUUGUUGCAUAUUCAAACAGUGCCAUAAAUCCAAUAAUCUAUGGUGGAUUUGAUAAAACCUUUCGACAAGCAUUUGGUACGUUUAUUAGUUGCCAUACUUUUAACCCAGUUCCUCGAGUUAUCAUUGUUCCGGAAAAAAACACAAACAAUUAUUUAACAAAUACUUACAAUGCUAAUCAAUUCUGAUAAUUUUAAUAAAUUUGUGAUAACACUGAAUAGAUAUAACUACAUUAAGAUGUAGUUCGAUGUAGUGAAUGUUCAAGUAAAAAGAGUUCAAAACAAAAGCAAUAAUAUUUAUAAGAAUACGAAAUGUUGAUAUUCAAAGCUAUAUAUUCAAACUAUUUUUAUCAUAAUUAGGCCUAAUUUAUAAAAAUAUUAAUGAAUUUAAAGUUGAUAAAUGUAAAUAAAAGAGACUGACUCUCAUUUACAAUCAUAAUACUAAUAGUUAUACAUUGGCAUGAUUAACAAUUAAUCUAAUUUUAAACAUUUUUACUAUCCAACAUUUGAAGAUUAUUAAUUGUAUCAAAUAUGAGCAUAGAUAAACAAAUGCUGAAUGUAUUAAUUAAAAACUCGAAGAAAAAAAGUUUUUUCUCUCCUAUUUUGUCUUUCGAACUUUUUUAUUCAUCAUUAUCUAUAUACAGGAAUGACCACCACUCCUGGGAAACCUAAAUUGUUUAAUGAUGAAACAGGAACCAGGUCAAAUAACAGCGGAAAUGGAACUCGACUCGGGUCAACUUUUAAAACUUCAAUAACUCAGGAAACUGAUGCUCUUUGAGAUAUUUGA